GAAGGUUUGGUCCUUCUGAUUCAGAGGAUAAAAUGUCUGUAUAGCUAGGGAACCCAAGGUAUACAGCAAACUCUAGCUAAUUUUGUGGACUCCCUGCUCAAGCCUGCAUUUGUUUUAAGGAAAAUUUGCACUGUGUGACUGCGUGUCAUACUAGUCAGUUCCGGUCGGCAAGAGCACGGUGUUUUGAACACACCAGGGACGUCGGACAAAAUGUCCCUGUUCCAGUCUGCUCUGGAUUUUCUAGCCGGCCCCGGGUCCUCCGGAGCGGCGAGCCGGGAUCAGAAUGACUUUGUCGGACAGGUUGUCGAGCUUGGAGACAUGAAGCUCCGGAUCAAACGAGUCAUCGCAGAAGGUGGCUUUGCCUUCGUGUACGAGGCCCAGGAUAUUGGAAACAGCAAAGAUUAUGCCCUGAAGAGGCUUCUAUCUAAUGAGGAAGAGAAGAACAAGAGCAUAAUCCAGGAAGUCUGCUUUAUGAAAAAGCUAUCUGGUCAUCCCAACAUCGUCCAGUUCUGCUCUGCUGCUUCCAUAAGUAAAGAGGAGUCAGACACAGGCCAGGCUGAGUUCCUCAUCCUCACUGAGCUAUGUAAAGGUCAGCUGGUGGACUUUGUGAAGAAGGUGGAGCAGAAGGGACCCAUGUCAUGUGACACCAUACUGAAGAUCUUCUACCAAUCAUGUCGUGCUGUGCAGCACAUGCACAAACAGAAACCACCAGUCAUACACCGGGAUUUGAAGAUUGAGAAUCUCCUGAUCAGCCAGCAGGGGGUGAUAAAGCUGUGUGACUUUGGCAGCGCUACCACUGUGGCCCACUACCCUGACUACAACUGGACAGCACACAAAAGAGCCAUGGUGGAGGAUGAGAUUACCAGAAACACAACACCAGCUUACAGGACUCCAGAGAUGAUCGACCUCUAUUCCAACUUCCCCAUCAAUGAGAAACAGGAUAUAUGGGCUCUGGGCUGUAUCCUGUACCUGUUAUGUUUCAAGCUGCACCCAUUUGAGGAGGGAGCCAAGCUGCAGAUCGUUAAUGGAAAAUACAACAUCCCUCAGAACGACAGCCGCUACACUGUCUUCCACGAGCUCAUCUGUUCCAUGUUGAAGGUGAACCCUGAGGAGCGCCUGUCCAUCACAGAAUUGGUCAACCAGCUGCAAGAGAUUGCAGCAGCCAGAAAUGUCAACCCCAAAUCUCCAAUCACCGAGCUGCUGGAACAGAACGGAGGGUUUGGCAGCACCACCACACAACUCCCCCUGCAGGCCAACAACAUACACAAUGCAGGUAUAUAUAAUGCUGACUGUGAUCAGGGUGUUGGUGGGGGCUUCCUGGACAUUCUUAAAGGUGGAACUGAACGCUUUCUCACCAACAUCAAGGACACUUCCUCUAAAGUCAUCCAGUCUGUGGCCAGCCCCAGCUAUGCUAAAGGGGACCUGGACCUGUCCUACAUCACCUCCAGAAUAGCAGUCAUGUCGUUUCCAGCGGAGGGGGUGGAGUCUGCUAUUAAGAACAACAUAGAGGAGGUGCGUCUGUUCCUGGACUCUCGCCACGCGGGACACUAUGCCGUCUACAACCUGUCCAAACGCUCCUACCGACCCGCCCGCUUCCAUCACCGGGUAUCAGAGUGUGGGUGGCAGGUGAGACGUGGUCCCACUCUGACUAACCUGUAUGGCAUAUGUAAGAGCAUGCACCAGUGGCUCAAACAGGACCAGAGAAAUGUAUGCAUCGUACACUGCCUAGAUGGGAGGGCUGCUUCUGCAGUAGUUGUGUGCUCUUUUCUGUGUUUCUGUCGUCUUUUCUCUACGGCUGAAGCUGCAGUUUAUAUGUUCAGCAUGAAACGCUGCCCUCCAGGGAUCGCUCCCUCACACAAGAGGUAUAUUGAGUACAUGUGUGACAUGAUGGCAGAGGAACCCAUAGUACCUCACAGCAAGCCCAUAUUGAUCCGCUCUGUUGUCAUGACACCCGUGCCACUCUUUAAUAAGCAGCGAAAUGGUUGCCGACCUUUCUGCGAGGUUUAUGUUGGCGACGAGCGUGUAGCAACCACCUCCCAAGAGUAUGAUAGGAUGAAGGACUUUAAGACUGAGGAUGGCAGGGCAGAGAUUCCUCUGGAUGUGACUGUGCAGGGAGACGUGUUGGUAGUCAUCUACCAUGCCCGCUCCACCCUUGGGGGACGUCUGCAGGCCAAGAUGGCCUCUAUGAAGAUGUUCCAGAUCCAGUUCCACACAGGCUUCGUCCCACGUAACGCCACCACUGUGAAGUUUGCUAAGUAUGAUCUGGAUGCAUGUGACAUCCAGGAGAAGUAUCCCGACCUGUUCCAGGUGAAUCUGGAUGUAGAGGUGGAGCCUCCUGAUCGCCCUAGCAACAAGACUCCGCCCUGGGAGAACUUCUCCACCAAAGGCCUUAAUCCCAAGAUCCUCUUCUCCAACCGAGAUGAGCAGCAGGAGAUACUUGCCAAAUUUGGUAAGCCAGAGCUCCCGAGGCAGCCUGGUUCUAUGGUUUUCUGCGACUCCGAGUGCCCCCAGCCAGACUGCGCUCCUGAGGGGCAGAUGGCGGAGACCCAGACUCCAUCCCCACCCAGCAUCAGCACAGACACCAAUGCCAACAACUUCUUCCAGACGCUGGACUGGGAGGAUUCCAAUGGGCAAUUCAGUCACCCAGAGAAUGUGUCUGAGCCUGUGGAGGAGCAGGAGGAUAUGAGUGGCGGUGUCUCGGAGGAGGAGUCUGUGUCUUACUCCGCCCCUGUGGAUGGAUCACUUUCACGUGAUCCCAGCGGGCCUCUGUUUGAGGCGGCGUUUACGACCUCCUCUCCUGACCCCCAGCCAGACACAGAGGACCUCCUGGGCCUGAACUCCAACCCUGGUCCUGCACCUGUGACCUCUCAGCCAGCUGUGGGAACAGAAACAGGACUGAAGAGUUGUGCCAGUAACAGUGAUCUUCUGAAUGACCUGUUUGCCCCUGGCCCUAGCUCUGCCCACACAGGAGACACUGAGGAUCUGUUCUUUACUAACACCCCCAGCCAGCCUUCUACUGCCUCUACUGCCCCUGUUGCCAGUAGUGUCCCUAAUGAUCCUACUUCCACUAAAGUAAAUGAUCUGUUUGAUCCCUUUGGUAUGGGGUCAGAGGUCACAGCAGGCUCAGACCCUUUUGGCGACCUGCUUGGGUCUGAAAGCAGCAGCAGCAGUUUCAAAGCUCCAGCCCCACCGGCCUCCAACACUAGCCUCUUCAACCUCCAUAAGAUAGCCGGGGAAGUGCCUAAGAUGACAUCAUCAAUGAGUCAGCCUGAUCUGCUGGGUGGCUGGGACAAUUGGUCCCCCAGAGCCCCCAAUACUGCUUCUAGCAUGCCCGCUAAUGCUAGCAAACCCGCUUAUACUGCUCCUGGUUCUGCCUCCAUCUCAAAGGCCAAGUCCCAGAGUUUUGACCCCUUUGCUGACCUCGGUAACCUGGGCUCCACCCUCCCAGGCCCUCCCAGCAGUGGUUUCUCAGGCUCAGGGUUUAAGGCAGCGCCCCCUGCUGGAGGCUCUAAGAGCACAUCCCAGCCAUGGCAGCAGCCUCGUCCAGCCUCAGCCACCUCCAGCAAGGCCUGGAUACCCCCCAGCUCUGCCCCCAAACCCCCUACCAGCCAACCAGCAAAGCCCAACUACAACCUCAACUUCAGCGUGAUUGGAGGACGAGAGGAGAGGGGAAUUAGAGCGCCAGGCUUUGGGCCAAAGCCCAAGGUGAAAGAGGAUGACUUCGAGGAUCUAUUGUCCACACAGGGCUUCUCAUCCAAAAUGGAUAAGAAGGGGCCUCGUACCAUUGCUGAGAUGCGAAAGCAGGAACUGUCUAAAGACAUGGACCCACUCAAACUACAGAUCCUGGAAUGGAUCGAGGGGAAGGAGCGGAACAUCCGGGCUCUGCUCUCCACGCUGCACACGGUGUUGUGGGAGGGGGAGACCCGCUGGAAGCCGGUCAACAUGGCCGACCUGGUCACACCUGAGCAGGUGAAGAAGUACUACAGGAAAGCCGUGCUGGUCGUGCACCCAGACAAGGCUACAGGGCAGCCGUAUGAGCAGUACGCUAAGAUGAUCUUCAUGGAGCUCAGCGACGCCUGGUCUGAAUUUGAAAACCAAGGAGGCAAACCCCUGUUCUGAGCAUGCUCACUGGACACCCAGCCUGGAGCCUGAGUUGCCAGGCAGAGACAGUGCGUGCUUUUUUCUCUCUCUCCUCUCUCUCUCUCCCUCCACACUCACUGCCUCUGCCCAACACAGCAGAGAGAGAGAGAAUGAAAGACUCAAGCUAUAUAAAGACUAAGACAAUCGGGAGGGAUAUGGACUGUUCUCUCUCUUCUGAAGGGAUGGAGAUUUGGAUUAGGGUGCUCAAUGGGUUAUUUUACUGCUAAACUGUUGCUCUACCCAGUAGAGCCAGCGCUUGUCAAGCUACACUUUCUCCAAACGAGAGACACCUGUGUGUGAGGAGAGAGAUGGUCUGUGAAAUGCAUACUCAUUUCAGAAAAGCAGCCUGUGUCUAGCACUGCAGCUCACCUCUUUAGGUUGUGCACUCUGGAUGGAUAUAGGAACAACAAUGAAGAAAUACGAUGAUGAUGAUGAUGAUGAUGAUGAUGAUGAUGAUGAUCUCUAUUUUCAUAUCCUUUUUAUCUUUAUUUUUGUGUUGUCUUUUGAUGAUCUGUUAUUCAUUAAUCAUUAGCAUAUCAUCUAGCCUAAGCUGUGUGUGUGCGUGUGCAUGGCUGAAUGUAUGUGGCUCUGUGCAUCAGUGUUUGGUUUUGGCUGUCUAGAUGAUUUUCCAUACCCAGCAUAACAAAUUCACACACAGCAAAACUAGACUUUGCUUGGGUUCUAGAGUUCUUGAACCUGAAUUCUUGUUUUUAUGGACCAAACAUAAACUUGUCUUAUUUAUUCUUGAGAGGUGCAUUGGGCGACUAAUAAUAUAUAGAAUAUGUAUGCUUGGACUCAGAAGAACAAAUCUUGCAAAGCUAAGAUCAUUCCAAAGCAUCACAGACAUGAAUGUGCUUUAAAUGUUCUUUAUUGGCUAUUUGAAAUGUAACAUUUUUUCCUCACUACUUCUUUAUAUUAUCACAUAAAAUAAGAACCCUUAAUAGAACAUGGCAUUAUUUUUUUAUAAUACUUUUACUUGAAUUAUGUGGAGGUUUUUUUUUUUCUUCAUCUAAAUGACCAAACAUUAACAUUACACCUACUUCCAAUCCUCCAUGGUGACUCGGGGCUGCUGCACGAGAGAUGUUGCACAAGAUUCUUCGCCCAGAGCAGUAGUGGGACAGGCCCAAUCAGAAUCACACAGGAGAGAUUCUCGAGGUUGCUGAUUUAACGAGAUUACUGAGUGUAGCACGGGGCAUCGGAUACUUGCCACCAAAAAUAUUACUCAUGAGGUAAAUAAUUCAUGUGGAGAGACCUCACCUGUUGAAGGACAUCUGUAGUAUUGUGUAAUUUAUGAUAACCAUUCUUAAAAAAACUAAACUUAAAAAAAAAAAAAAAAGGGAAUUGGGUAGUAGUCUGACAUGGUAAAAACACUGGGCGCAUGCGAUACUUUUUUUGUAUGCGAAGGUAGGUAAGUUUUAGUCUAGGACUACAGAGUAUACUAAAAAGCACCAUCAACCAAAAAAAGAGAAGUCGUCCAGGAUGGGUAAAUGUGUUGGAUACCCAUAUCUUUGAAUCUUUGAUGUACUGGCAAUAAUGCAGUGUAACUGGUCUUCACAAGCCUUAAUCUGUUUCAGUAUUUUGAGAGAUUUAAAAAAGGUUCCAGCUGUCCAAAACCAUCUGCCCUAUGUGUUAGGAUGCUGUGAGCAUAUCCAGAAGUCUGCCUCAGAAACAUUUCUGUUUGACUGCUCUGGAGCAUGUUUUAUUAAACAGAAUGGGUAAAAGAUCAGUGAUGCUGCCCUGUGCAUCACAUUCCAAGUGACUGGCAUUAAAAUCCAUCUAAAACUUAAGUAAAAAUCUUAUGGUCACUAAAUAAAAUGACAGUUUCUCUUGGUGGUUAAUGUGUAUAGUCUUACUAAUGUGGUAUGUAAAUAUUAUGGAGUGGAAUAACUAUCUUGACUGAGGGUCGUCAUGACUACGUAAGAUUUGUUGUCCUUACAUCGAGUGGGGAUGCACUGUAAAAUAAUGCUAUAUUUUGGUAAAGGAGAAGUCUCCUUAUUUUUUCAUAGUGACUUAAGUAAUUUGGGGUGUCUUUGUUUCCUGUUAUUUUCUAUGAACGUCAAACUCCUGACACUGCAAAUGUCCCCUCCUCUGUUCUUCAGUCUCACCAAUAAAGUUUCAGUCACCAUG